UUAAAGGAAAAACACAGAGAAGAGAUAUAGGAUGGCGGUCUUGAGAGUGAAGUUCACCAAGACCAAGAGGGACAAGCUGGCCCAGGUACUAUGGAUCCUCAACUGGAUCUCAGUGGUGACAGGGGCCAUCCUGUUCAGCCUGGGGCUCUUCCUCAAGGUGGAGAUCAACAAGCGAGAAGAGCUGAUGGCCGAGAGGGACAUCCAGUACGUGCCCAACAUGCUGAUAGCUGUGGGCCUCAUCGCCUGUGCCAUCAACUUCCUGGGGGGCAAGAUCUGCUACGACUGCGUGGACACCACCAAGUUCUUGCGUUGGAAGUUGAUCAUGCUGCCCUACAUUAUAUUCACCUUCUUUUUCACCUUCUGCGUGCUGGUGGGAGCUCUGAUGUGUUACACCAUGCGCGGGGAGCUAGAUGAGUCACUGAACCUGGGGCUUACAGAGGCCAUGAGGUUCUAUAAGGACACGGACACACCGGGACGAUGCUUCCUGAAGCGUACUGUGGACAUGUUGCAGAUAGAGUUCCAGUGCUGUGGCAACAACGGUUAUAAAGACUGGUUUCAAAUACAGUGGAUCAGCAGCCGCUACCUAGAUAUGUCCCAAAAAGAUGUGAUGGACCGAUUGAGGAGUAACGUGGAGGGGAAGUACCUGAUGGACGGUGUCCCCUUCAGCUGCUGUAACAUCAACUCCCCGCGGCCCUGCAUCCAGCGGCAGAUAACCAACAACUCCGCUCACUUCAACUAUGAACACCAGACGGAAGAGCUGAACCUGUGGAUGAAAGGGUGUCGCCAGGCGCUGCUGGAGUACUACACCCACAUCGUGCAGUCCAUUGGCCUCACAGUCCUCAUCACCUGGCUGUUUGAGCUGUCGGUGUUGACGGGGGUUCGUUAUCUCCAGACCUCCUUGGAAAACGUGCUGAGACAGGGCGACCCCAACUCUGAGUCUGAUGGCUGGCUGCUGGAGAACAGCUUCAUGGAAACUGCCCGCACCAACCUGAACAUCAUCAAGAGCCUCGGCAAGAACAACCAGAUAGACACGGCCAACAAUGGAGACCCUAACAUUAACGUUCCUUCCACUUCCAAAGCGCACUACGGGCCAGACAACGUGCCACCCAAGCAAAUACCUGUAGCCAGCUGACCCUUCUCAGGCCUCUGUGAACAACAACACUAAAAGGCCAGAAAGGGUUUUCAGUGUUAACCCAGGCUACUUUAUGAAAGUUGUUGGACAUUACAUUCAUGGAUUUUUAUCUGUAUGAGUUUGGUCAAGAGCUAAAACUGAGAAAAAGCUUCAGAGGAGUUAGUUUGUGUGUGAGGAAAAUGAAAUAUUUUGUUGCAAUUCUGUGAAUGACGGGGUACAUCUUUUCUGAAGCGCAGAUAAUGCCUUUUAACAACCACAAGUUACAUAACAUAAAUCAUAAAUCACCAUAAAUAUACAUUUUCUGGACAUCUGCGCACAUCUGUACUGUAAUGUACUAUUUACGAUUGUUAUCUUGUUGCCUGUUACAGUGUAUCAUGUUGCAACAGGUGUCCAAAACAGUGUCAUACACCUGUUGGUUUAAAACAUUGGAGUCAAAAUGAACUUGAAAUGUAGCUUAAAAUAUAUUAUUGCUUGAUGAAGACAAAUUAGUGAUGUGGGUCUGAAGUUGAAGCACCCAUACUUUGCUUUUGGACUGAUUUAGCCUCAACGCAUGAUAGGAAAUGCAGUCAAAACAAAUUAAAAUUAUUCCAUCAAGAGUUCGUAGAAAAUAUAAAUCACAUUUCACGCAUCAAGGCACGUAGAGAUUUGGCUUCAAGUUAAAUAGGCCUUAUAAAGCCUGCAAGGACAUUAGUUUUUUUGCAACAUUUUUGUAACAUUUUUUUGGUCAUUUCUGUGUAUUCUUUGCUUGAUUUAAAUCAACAGCAAAUGUGAAAUUUACCAAAAAAUACAGCUUCAAAUACCUGAGCAAAUAUAGGUUUUGCUGAGAGUAGAAAACAAUGUGAUAAAUACUCUAUGCUCAUGCUUUCACAUUAGUUAAAAGCACUCGCAUAGACAGAAAUCCAUGAGUAACAGAUAGAUCUUCUAGAAGCCAUCACAACAAUAAAAUAAAUCUAAUGUGCCUCAGCAAUGCCACCAUGGUCUACUGAUCUAAUGAAAACACCUCAGUCAUCUUUGCUGGAAUGAGCUACCAAAAGCGUGACAAUAAAACUUAUGGGCUGGUUAUGGCUGGGUUUUAUUGUUUGUCAUUAUUUUGGGAGGUUUACAGACCGGCACACUGCAAACUAGG